AUGCUUCGCUGCUUGGGGUGUUUCGCCUUGGCUUCCCUCGACCUGGCCCAGGAGAUCAGGGAAACCAGGGAAAGCAGCUGGGCAGAUGCCGCCGUGGAGUGGAUAGGUGACUUUGCCCUGCGUGCGGGGUCGGACCGGCUUGCAGCGACAGCGGCAGCUGAGGAGGUUGCGGAGCUCAGGGAGUUAGUACGGCUUGCCCAGAUUGCCUAUGAGGAUGACACCGACACAGUCUCAAGCCUUUUGCCCGAUGGGCUGACGCUCCGAGAUGCAGGGCGCGAGCGUGCCGUGUGGUUCAUGGCACAGAGGCGUCGAACUGUUUUCCUCGUAUUCCGCGGUACGUCAGAGUGGAAGGACAUAUUUGCCGACAUGCAAGUCUUGCCCGACCUGGCCGGAAAGCAUCGGCUACAUGGCGGAUUCGCAAGUCACGUCAGCAAAGACGGAAACCCCAUACUGGAAGCAGCGCUGGCAGCUCUUCCGAAAGGCUGUGAGUUGCACAUCCUGGGCCACUCGCUCGGAGGAGCCGUGGCUUUGGCUCUGCUUGCAUCGGGACAGCUGCCGCGAGGGCUGGGCCACGUGGAUGUGACAAUGAUUGGCUCCCCCAAGGUCUUUCACGGCGUGGCGCCCUCGGUGAGGGAGCUUGGAGCCAGGAGAGUGAAAUUGCUGGUGAAUCAUGGAGACAUCGUGCCACGCUUGCUCGGCAAUGAGAAAGUGGACGUCUCGCGCUACCUCAAGCAGCUCAGGCAGCUGGAGAUUCGAGACGAGGACUUGCCGGCUCUUGCCGACUACUGCCAUCCAGCCGGCUUGGAGUUGGUCGUGUUGCGUGGUGCUGCGGCAUUGAAGCCAUCACCAGCUUUUCAUGACAGGAUUUGGCUGGAUCCCACUGCCCUUGCAGGCACGAAGAGGGAUCCCUUCACGGAUCAUCUUAUGACGGAGUACAUGCAGUCUCUCGACUCCCUAGAUCCAUCAAGGUUUGGACGAUCAGGGCUUGUGCAGACGUUGCGAGAUUUGGGCACCGUCUUCUCAGAUGAGACGUGCCCCGACCGAUCUGCGAGAGGCUGUGGGUAG